AUGAUCAAUGGCGACACUGCUCCUCAGCUAAUCACAUUAACACCACCUCGUCCCCCAUCAGACCUAAUCGCUUCAGCUUUGUUUUUACCUCUCAAUGAGAUAUCCCCUACACACGGAGGAAGGAAGCUCCGUUUCGUAGGACAAAUACUAGCAUUUCAUUCUCCAACAUCACUCUUGCUCUUAACUUCUUAUCCUAACUCUCAAACUCCAAAUUCACCCUCACCAACUAUUUUGGUGGAUAUCUCCACACCGUUGUUAGGUCAAAGUCCUUCCGUCAAAGAUAUCUCAGCUGUUCAGGAUUCCAUGUAUUCUCGCAAUCCUCAACCACCUUCUCCAGUAAUGAUGACGGGCAAGGAAGGGAAUUACGUCAAUAGAGAGAUGUUGAGUCUGUCAAGGGGUGAAUGGGUUAGUCUGGUCGGCUGGUUAGAAGGUGAUGGUUCGAAAAUGGUAAGAAAAGUCAAAACCUCUUCAAGUUACCUCAAGCCUCUACCCUUGAUUCUGCAAGCUAUACACAUAUCGAGUUCAAGGCCACCGCCAAUCAAUGGACUACAUCGAGGAAGUGUAUUACCUUGGAACGGAGAAAGGUACACUAAAGAUGAAGUAGGAUUCACAGAUGAAGCGGACACGGAACUGGAAGAUUCCACUCCUCGACCAAGUAAGACUAGACUAGCGACAUGA